CCCACUCAGACUUUUCUCACAAGCAGCAGCCCUGGCACACUUGCUCACAUCGCCGGCGUGAGUAUCAGAUCACCAGCCACUCAGAGAGGAUCAGUUCGUAGCAGAUGAUGAUGGCUCCCCGUGUGUGCCUGUUGGCUCUGUCUGUAGCAGCACUGGCAGGAAGCGUCGUGCAUGCUGGUGCUUUGGAGCGGACCGAGAGGAACUGUUCUGCAAUUCCACCGUUACUCCCCAGUACAGCAGUGGACACCCGGCUCCGGCUGCAGCAGCUACGAGAGCGAAUGCCUCAUUUGAAUAUAUCUGCCUAUAUUAUCCCUGGCACUGAUGCUCACCUGAGCGAGUACAUCGCUCCUCGUGAUGCCAGGAUGGCCUUCAUGUCUGGUUUUACGGGCUCCGCAGGCACUGCCGUAGUUACUCAGACCAAGGCCGCGCUGUGGACAGACAGCCGCUACUGGGUUCAAGCGGAGAGACAGCUGGACUGUAACUGGGAGCUGGAAAAAGAUGUAUCCGUCAGCAGUGUGGUGCAGUGGCUCAUCUCUGAGGUCCCGCCAGGCAGUGAGAUUGGCUUUGAUCCCUUCCUCUUCUCCCUCAAGAUGCACGAAAACUACGCCAUCAAUCUGGAGUCCAGUAAUCUUGGCCUCAAGUCCAUCCCUGAUAACCUGGUCGAUCAAGUGUGGAAGGACAGACCGCAGCUGCUUCCUGACAGCCUCACCCGCCUGCCUAACAGAGUCAUACAAAGGUCCUGGCAGGAGAAAGUGGAGCACAUAAGGAGCCUGAUGGGAGACAAUCCAUACAAGCCCACAGCUCUUUUACUCUCAGCUCUGGAUGAAACAGCAUGGCUCUUUAAUAUGCGUGGCAAUGACAUUCCCUACAAUCCUUUCUUCUACUCCUACACACUUCUAACAAUGAAUGAGAUCUGGCUUUUUGUCCACAUCAACCGAGUGACUGAAGAGUUGAAGUUGUACUUGAACGCCUCCUGUAGCGGGCCCCUCUGCGUGCAGUUGAAGAGUUAUGACUCUGUUCUUGAACAUCUGAAAACAUAUGUGGCCCAGCCGGAGAUUAAAGUGUGGAUUGGUACCGAGUACACAAACUAUGCACUUUAUGAGGUCAUUGAACCACAGGAAAAAGUAAUGACGAGCUCCUACUCUCCUGUGCUGACAACAAAAGCCGUGAAAGAUGAGACUGAACAGCAAAUACUGAGAGAUGCUCAUGUGAGGGAUGCAGUUGCUGUCAUCCAGCUGCUGAUGUGGCUGGAAAAGGUUGUGCCAGAGAGAAAUAAUGAGACUGAGCUGAGUGCUGCAAAAUAUGUCAAUGAAUGUCGCAACAAACAGAAGGACAGCAGAGGCCCAAGUUUUGAAACUAUCUCUGCGAGUGGACCCAACGCUGCUCUCGCCCACUACAGCCCAACAGAAGAAACCACCAGGAGAUUGACAGUUGACGAGAUGUACCUGGUGGACUCUGGUGGCCAGUAUCUAGACGGGACCACUGACAUCACGCGGACCGUUCACUGGGGGACACCCACAGAAAUGCAAAAGGAGGCCUUCACUCGGGUUCUCAUGGGAAACAUUGAGAUAUCUCGAACUAUUUUUCCCUCAGGGACAAGAGGUGUAAACAUAGAGAUGCUUGGACGCAGGGCCCUGUGGGAGGUGGGCCUGAACUACGGCCACGGCACAGGCCACGGUGUCGGAAACUACUUUGGCGUUCAUGAGUGGCCUGUUGGCUUUCAGACCAACAACAUUCCCUUCAGAGCUGGCAUGUUCACAUCUAUCGAACCUGGAUAUUACAAAGACAAUGAUUUUGGGAUCCGGAUUGAAGAUAUUGCAGUAACAGUGCCGGCGCAAACAAAGUAUGGACAUAACUAUCUAACCUUUGAGACGGUGUCACUGGUUCCGUAUGACAGAAAGCUGAUCGACACCUCGCUCCUCAGCUCAGCACAGCUCCUGUGGUUGAAUAACUACUACGAGAAAAUCCGGGAGCUGCUGGGUCCUGAGCUGGACAAGCAGGGGCUACAGGAGGAGAAAAACUGGAUGCUCAAAAACACAGAGUCCUUCGCUCACUCUGAAUCCUCUGCCUCCGUCUGUUCCUCCUCCCUGACCCUCAUCAUGCUGACAAUCACUCUCCUCCACAAUGUGGUCUGACCGUCUCCUGACCUGGACUUCAACGCAGACACUAUAGUUAGCACUAUGCAGUCUCCACUGAGCAGCUACACCAGGUUGACAAAUGCACAACAAUUUGGCACUUUUAAGAAAUCAAUGAUGUGGUUAGUGAAUGAAUGGUUAAUUAUUUAAUUCUGUGCUUUUUCAUUUUGUGUUGUGUGAAUUUUGGAUGUUUCAGCUUAGUUUUAACUGGACAUUUAUAUGAACAGCUAUAUAAUUUUUAUUUUUUAUUAAAGUAACACACUUUAAAGCAGUG